AUGGCUGCGCCCACCAUUCGCGUCCAAGCUGCCGUGGUUCUGGCUCUCCUCCUCUCAGCAUUGAUUACUCCCCCCGCGUCUGCCAUACGGCUGGGGAUUCAAACUCAAGUUUUGGCUCAACUCGGCUCCUCUCUCACCGCCAAUCCCCUCAACGCCACCGCGGGCGCCGCUGCUGGAGCCUCAGCCAGCCUUCUCAACACCUCUGCAGGUGUUGGCGCUACUGUCGGGGCAUCUCUUCCCAGUGGAACCGUGAACACAGUAGGAGGUGUCACGACUUCUACCGGCCUCAUGGGCACAUCCGUGGGUGUUGGCGCCACCCUUGGGGCGUCUCUUCCCAAGGGAACCGUGAAAACAGCAGGAGGUGUCUCGGCCUCCACCGCUCUGCUCAACACAUCUGCAGGCGUGGGCGCUGGUGCUAUCGUCUCCCUCCCCAACGGCUCUGUCGCUGCAGCGGGUGAUCUCUCUGCCUCCACUGGCCUCCUCAACACAUCCGCUGGAGUUGGAACCACCGUUGGGGUCUCCCUUCCCAACGGGACUGUCGCUGCAACAGGCGGCGUUGCUGCGACCACGGGGCUGCUCAACUCGUCUGCUGGUGUGGGCGCCAGCAUUGGCGCUUCCCUUCCCACCGGCACUGCCUCAGCAGCAGGAGGCCUCACCGCCUCCUCCGCUCUCCUCAACACGUCAGCCGGCGUGGGAGCAGGAGUGGGCGUGUCUCUCCCCAAUGCCUCUCUCUCUGGCUCUGCCUCCCUCGGUGCCUCCUCCCCUCUCCUCAACACCUCCGCCGGCGCCGGUGCUGCCGUCAACGCAGGCUCGGGCGACGUCCAAGCCAACCUCGGAGCCUCGGCAAACCUCGGCGGCUCGGUCUCCGGCCUUGUCUCCGGCGUGGGCGGGGCUGUGGGGAACCUCGUAGGCUCGGCAGGGAACAUGGCAGGCUCGGUGGUAGGCUCGGUGGGCAACAUGGUCGCCUCGGUCGCAGUCUCUCUCUCUCCGAUUGCGGUGCUGAACGGUGGGUGGGUGAUUACCAGUGGUGGCGCCUACGCCAUGGUCGGGCAGACUCGAGUGUCGGCAGCGCUGGCAUCGGCCCUCGUGACCCGCAUCUCCACCAACCUGCCUCUCUUCCUGCAGGUGCAUGUCGGUGCACAGGGCACCCUUGUGGCCAGGAUGGAGUAG